GGGGCUGCUCGGGGCUGCUCCGCCUCCCGGCCUCGCCGCGGCGCCCGGUUGCCUGGCAACUGGGCCGCGCCUUCCGCUUCCGGCCGGGCCGCGCCGCCGCCAUGGGGCGGAAGAAGAAGACGCUGCACGACUACGCGGCCGAGUUCUCGGAGCUGGCGGUGCGGCGGCAGCUGCUGCAGCGCGGGGCGGCGGGCGAGCCGGCCGUGGUGGAGACGCUGUACUGCACCUCCUGCCAGCUGCCCAUGCGCGUCCGCCGCGACCGCAUCCUGGAGCACCUCUCGUCCGGCCGCCACUACCGCAACCGCCGCCUGCUCCGCCAGCACGGCCUGCGCGGCCCGCUGCUCCUCUCCGCAGGUCCCGACAGCCCCGGGCUGCCGCUGCAGCUGGACGCACCUUCCCUUCUCUCCCCACCAUCCUUCAUCCUCACCGGCACCAGCGCCGGCUACGCCAUGGUCCCCUCGCCGCCCUCCUGCCACAAGCCGCUGGUUCCCCUGCAGCCCGUCACCCCCACUGUGAGCACAGCCCCCCCCAGGGAAGACCCCACACCCUCCACCUCUGCCAGCCGCCCCUCAGCGCUUCCUGCCUUCCGCACCAGGACCUCUGCACCCGAGGCCUCCGACAGCGCCGUGCCCGCCUCACAGCACAGUGGCGGCAUUGGCCUCGCCCUGUUCGGCAUCGGGCUCGCUGACAAAGCCUUGUUUCAAAGCCUGCUGGAGGAGAACGGCUGCUGCUUGCUCUACGUGGUGGAGGACCAGCUGGAGGAGGUGCAGCGUGCCUUUGGCGCCGAGUUCCUGGCCGGCACCAGGGUGCUGCGGCAGCAGGACGCCGGUGCGGCGCUAAGCGAUCAGCGAGUCUCUGGAGCCGUUAUUUGUUCACCGCCUGAGGAAGCCUCCGAGAUCGUAAUAGACGCUUUACGAGCAGGAAAAGGGGUGUUUUGCGAGGGGCUGCCCAGUUUGGACAGGCAGAGGGCAGGAGCUUGUUUCGAUGAAGCCGACAGAUGUGGGAGGCCGUUGGUGUGCGGAUUCUACAAGCGCUUUGACCCGGCGCUGCAGUUCCUGCGCAGGAAGGUCCGUGACAGCCGUGCCCUGGGGAGGAUCCACCGCGUCGGCACCGUCAGCAGCACCUACCCAGCAGCGGCCCCGAGCCUGCUGAGGGCCGCAGGUGGAAUUUUUUAUAACGCUGCGGUGCACGAUAUAGAUAUUGUCAGUUUGCUGUUGGGAGAGAGCGCACCAGAUACGAUAUUUUCCCUGGGGCAUGCGUUCUGUGCAGAUCUGGCCCAGCUGAAGGACGCAGACACUGUGGCGAUCAGCAUGAAAUUCCGUAGCGGAGCGAUCGUGACCCUGGACGUCAGCCAGCACUGCACCAAAACCUGCGACCACAGGCUGGAGGUUCACGGCUCUCAAGGAACAUUACGGGUCGAUAAUCAGAAUCCCCUGGGGAUUACAGAGCACGGGACUUCGGUGUCGCUGUGUUCCCAGACCCAAGCUGAUCGCUACCGGGACGCGCACAGGGAGCUCUUCCGACACUUCCUGAGGACGCUGAAAGGCACGGAGCCCCCCGCCGUCACCAAAGAGCAGGUCCUGUGCGCCAUCCGGGUCGCUGCAGCUGCCCAGCAGUCCUGGAGAACUGGAUCCGCCGUUGACUUGCGCAGCGAAGCAACAGAUGCGCCGGUAAUCAAGACGGAGAUAAUGUGAUUGCCACUGUUUCCUGUGGCGCAGGACAACGUUCAACUCUGCUGCAGCGAGGUCUGCCCGCCUGGCAACGUCUCCGUGUGGUUUUGCCGUUUCUGUGGGGAAUGCCCUGAAGACGGAGGCGCGUUUGACCCAGAAGCGCUCGGCGCUGGGGCCGCGGGGGGUCCUGGCGCCUCGGCCGGAGCCCUGCGAGUAUUCUGGGGGUCUGGCCCCUGCGGCGCUGGGCAGAGCCCGGUGUCCGGGCCGAGGGGUCAGAGCGUCGCCCGCCGCGCUGGGGGCGGCACGGGGGGGGUUCCUGGCAGCUGCACGACAGAGGUGAUAGAAAGCUCAAAAUAAUACACGGGCGCAUCCCUCUGGUCUGUGCUGGUUUCCCUUUGGUGCACACAGGAAUGGGACGUCUGUGCUGAACUCACCUUUGGGCCUCCUAUUUAUUGUUUUGGUUGUUAUUUUUACUACAUUUUCUAAAUAUUUUUGGAAAGAAGGUAUGAGCUAAUUUUCUUGUGGGGAAAGAGAAAAAGAAAUGAAAAAGGAGGAGGGAAACCUGUGGCUGUCCUGACGUUAGGGACAGAGAGAUUUGGCAUUAAGGCCUUAAACCAAGGCUGUUCUGUAGAGGAGCGAUGUGUUUGGGCAUUUUGGUGCCAAACCCUGCGUUAUCCAAGGGCGUUUUGAGGAUGCAAUCUGGAUUUGCACAGGUGCUGUUCCUGCUGCCGGCACCCGCGCGGCUCCCCGGGCUCUUCUCGUGCGGUAACGUUUCGGUAGCAAAGCUGAGCUAAUAAUCGCAUCCCUGGGUGUAGGAAGGGCAUCUGAUUGUGUCUUUCACAGGUAUUUUUAGACUCCAGCAGAUGUGGAAUAUACACCAUGGGAAUAGUCAGUGCCUUGACCGGCAGGCAGCUCUGCUGUAGACCAGGUCUCCGUACCUUUUAUUCGUGUGUGGAGCUUAUUGCACAUGUAGAGAUUUGACUCCUCUUGUCUGUUUCUCACACGCUGGUUUUCCAGAUCUUUUGAAAGCUGUUUUUAUUGUAUUAAUAACGUUCUUGCCGUAAGUGUUGCUUUAGAAAUGACACUUCUGGCUAGAUUCUUUAUUUUAAUCAAUUUCCAAUUCUUACGUAUGGGAUAUAUAUAACUAAACUAGCAAUAGCGGUUACAUUUAUAACUAAAGACCAUUUGUUUGUGGAAAUUGUUUUUAACAGUGUAAUUUUUCAAACUCAGAAAAACUGUGUCUUAAUGAUAAAGAUUAAUGUCAAUUCCA